UGUUCAUUAUGGAUCAUCCCUGUUCAUUAUGGAUCAUCCCUGGUCAUUAUGGAGUAUCCCUUGUCAUUGUGGAUCAUCCCUGGUCAUUAUGGAUCAUCCCUGGUCAUUAUGGAUCAUCACUGUUCAUUAUGGAUCAUCUCUGGUCAUUAUGGAUCAUCCCUGAUCAUUGUGGAUCAUCCCUGGUCAUUAUGGAUCAUUCCUGUUCAUUAUGGAUCAUCCCUGUUCAUUAUGGAUCAUCCCUGUUCAUUAUGAAUCAUCCCUGGUCCUUUUGGAUCAUCCCUAUUCAUUAUGGAUCAUCUCUGGUCAUUAUGGAUCAUCCCUGAUCAUUGUGAACCAUCCCUGGUCAUUAUGCAUCAUCCCUGUACAUUAUGGAUCAUCCCUGGUCAUUAUGAAUCAUCCCUGGUCAUUAUGGAUCAUCUUUGGUCAUUAUGGAUCAUCCCUGGUCAUUAUGGAUCAUCCCUGGUCAUUUUGGAUCAUCCCUGGUCAUUAUGGAUCAUCCCUGGUCAUUACAAAUCAUUCAUCGCCAUCACAAAUUAUCCCUGAUCAUCCAAAAUCAUCCACACGAUCAGAAUAAAUCAUCCCCGGCCAUAAUCAUCACGGAUCAUCGGUUUUCAGUGCAUUAUAGAUAAUUAUAUACCCUUAUACCUUAGUGCAAU